AUGGGAGACACGGAUAGUUACCUCUCACUUAUGCGACGCCCAGACAAUCCGCCCUUGAGUCUCAACGAUUAUCUUACUAGUGAUGCGCCUCAGCUGGGACUGCACAUCAUUUCGUUCUCGGAUGCAACGCUGGUCACGCUGUACUGGCCUCAUACGCUGUUUGACGCAUUUGGAAAGAAGGCUCUUCUGGACGCUUGGGUGUUGAUGCUGCAAGGAAGAGAUGGCGAAAUCGCAUCCCCGUAUGGAGGUGACGCGCCAGGGGUUGACUUUGAUCCUCUUGCCAAGUUUGGCUGCCACUCAACAGAACCGUCGCAGUUGAUGUCGAGCCUGAGUCUCGGUGCCUGGGCGAUUGGUAAUCUGUUCGAAUUCGUGGGUAAACAAGAGACUCGCGUUGUUCGCGUGCCGAGACUAUUCCUGGAUAAGCUUGUCAACGACUCGAUGUCCGAGCUGCAAGAUGGACCUAAUCCAUCUAAUGCCACAUCAUUCCUGAGCGAGGGUGAUGUGCUGUGCGCAUGGUGGACCAAGAUCGCGACUGCUCAUCUACCCGAAAAUGCAUCGACUCGGAGGCGCACUCUCGUCCUGAAUAACGCCUACUCUCUUCGCAAGGCCCUUGGUGGCGAUACCGGGCCGCUCCCCCUGAAGUCUACAGACUCCAACAAGAUGGAUGCACCUUACCUCUCAAACGCAGUCGGGUUCAUCAACGUGGUUGGCACUAUGGCUGAUGUUUUCGACAAGCCAGUGGGCUACAUGGCGUCUCGGAUUCGAAAUGCUAUCAAAGAGCUGGGAACAACACCACAAGUUGAAGCCGCUGCAGCCUUGGUGCGUUCGACUAAGAUGAAGCUGCCUCCUUUCUUUGGAGACAAAUCCAUGCACAUGAUCACAUACUCCAACUGGACCAAGACCGACCUUUUCAACGUUGACUUUUCCAGCGCUGUUAAGGCGAAAGACUCUGGCAACAAACACCAUCGUGGAAGGCCGGUGUACAUCCAAAACAAUCAGGCGGGCUUCGGGCUACCCAAUGCCUUUGUGAUCAUUGGUCGGGACUUAGAUGGCAAUUAUUGGCUAUCCGGAUACAUGAGCCAAGGGCUGUGGGCAAAGAUGGAAGCGGCGUUUGAGGCUUGGUGA